AUGGCAAAAGCAAAACCACCCCCAGCAACCAGUAUCGACAGUAUGCCUUCAGACGGACACGCUCUGCAAGUAGCCAAUAUCGACACAGUCGACACAAGCAAGCCAAGAGCCACGGAUGGCGAGGCCAUGUUUUCGAGAGCAGCAUCAAUGCAAAAAGAAGUCGCAAGCCCGGGAGAUCCCAGCCGCAAGGUCGAAACGUCGAAACGCAGAAGAGCGUGGGAGUGGGUCAAAUGGUUCAUCCAAGAUCAAUGGUUCAUACUCGCCAUGGGCUUCGUAGUCCUCAUCUCAUCGCAAGUCCAAGUGCCAGCAUCACAGCAACAAAUGAAGCGGACAGUCAUCACCUAUCUCUCGGUUUCAGUCAUCUUCUUCAUCAACGGAUGCACGCUCGAGACACGCAUCCUGCUACAAAACUACAUGCGAUGGAAGCUGCACUUCUUCGUGCAGCUGCAAUGCUACCUGGUGUGUUCAGCAGCCACCUUCGCCAUCGUCAGUAUCUGUGCCACCGACCCGGACUUCAUGGACCCCUGGCUGCUCAUCGGUUUCCUCUUUGUGGGAAGUGCUCCUACUACCAUGGCUUCCAAUGUUGUCAUGACAAGACAAGCACACGGUAACGCGGCACUGACUGUCGUUCAGUCGGUCAUCGGCCAAUUCCUGUGUCCGUUCCUGACGCCUAUCAUCAUACAAAUGUACCUCUCCGCCGGCGCGUGGUAUAGCAAAGUCUUAGUGGCCGGAGGUGGCUAUGGAGAAAUCUAUCGCCGCGUCUUCAUGCAGCUCGGUCUAUCGCUUUUCCUCCCCAUGGCCGUCGGCCAAGUGGUCCAGUAUAUGUUCCCAAAGCAAGUCAAGAAGGUCUUUUUCGACUGGAAAAUGCUCAAGCUAUCAUCCAUUGCACUGCUCACGCUCGUGUGGCAGACAUUCGAUCAGGCUUUCCAAUCUGGCGCGUUCAACGCAGUCAAGCAUUCCAACAUCAUCUUCAUUGUCUUCAUCACUAUUGCCCUCUACUUUGUCUGGCUGGCAAUAUGCUUUACGACUUCGAUCUUCUGGCUUCCGAAGAAAGAUGUCAUCGCAUGUUGCUAUUGCUGUCCGGCGAAAGCGCUUGCCAUGGUGGUUCCCUUGACGUCAGUCAUGUAUAUCAAUAUUAGUCCUGUCGAUCAGUCGAAGAUGCAGAUUCCGGCCAUUAUCUUUCAGGCUUUUCAGGUCGGGAUUGGUGGUAUCAUGACGAUUAUGUUUCGCCGGUGGAUCAGACCGGAAGAAGAGCGGGAAGAGGCGGAGAAGAACGGGGAAGCUGGUCGUUAG